AUGACGUUUACGAAUGCCCCAGUGACGAGGCUCACUGUCUUGGGCUUGGUCUCGACCUCCAUAGCCGCUAGCCUCUUCGAUGCGAAACACUACUUUUACAUCUUGAUAGAUACGCAUAUUUUUCGCUAUCGACAAUUCUGGAGGCUCCUAGCUUACCAAUUAUGCUACACCAAUUCAACAGAGGUGCUCUUUGCGGCCAUCUCGCUGUACAAUCUCAGAGCUAUUGAGCGCAUGUGGGGACCAAGAAAAUAUGCCUCAUUCCUCCUCAUUUCAGCUCUACUCACAGCCAUAUUCCCUCCGCUCAUCCUCGCCAUUUUCCGACCCAUAGCUCCGAGUUUGUUCAACUACAUGCCGGCCGGGCCGACACCAAUCAUCUUUGCAAUUCUGGCGCAGUUCCAUGCCAUGGUGCCUCAAAUGUACAAGUACCGAAUAGCAACGUCUCAAGCGCCACCUACGAAUGAGCAGUUUUCCGGCGUCACGCUAUCAGACAAAUCUUACCAGUACGGCAUCGCCUUUCACCUGGCUUUGCUGCAGUGGCCGGGCUCUGUCCUUGGAGCUGUGAUUGGCUGGGUUGUGGGAUAUUCUUGGAGAGCAGGAAUGCUUCCCACAUCUUUUACAACGUGGAGGCUCCCAGGUUGGAUGGUGGGCUCAAGCUCCUACAGGAGAAGCGCAGAGUUUGAAGGAUUAAGGCGAAGAUUAGAAGGGGAAGCCCCAGCAACGGCCGUGGCAACUGGCGCUCAAAGCCAAGCCGAAGGCCAGGCCGAUCGACGGCGCACGAUGGGCCAACAGAUCAUGGACCAGUUUCGAGAAGCGUUAUAG